AUGGCAGGGAGAUUGCAGGGCAAAGUCGCCAUUGUCACUGGCGCAGGCCAAGGCUUUGGUAAAGGGAUUGCGGCCAAGUUUGUCGAAGAGGGUGCUCGAGUGGUCAUUGCAGACUUGUCACAGAAGCUCGGAGCGGCAGCCGCGCAGGAAUUGAAAUGCGAGUUCGCUUUGAUCGAUGUCACGGACAAAUCUCAGUGGGAAACGUUGCUGAAGAAGACCAUCGACAGCUAUGGACAGUUGGACAUUGUCGUCAAUAACGCUGGCACCACGUACAGGAACAAGCCUACAAGCGAGGUGACGGACGCCGACUUCGACCUCUGCGUGAAUGUCAACAUGCGGUCUAUAUACUACUCGACCAAUGUCAUCGUGCCCUACUUUCAGCAGCGAGGUAGAGGAGGCUGCUUCGUCAACAUCGCCUCGACAGCCGCCAUUCGACCUCGUCCAGGACUCACUUGGUACAACGCGUCCAAAGCCGCCGUCAUAACAGCCACCAAGACCCUGGCGGUAGAGUAUGCGCGGGACCAGAUCCGUUUCACUUGUGUUUGUCCCGUGGUGGGCCUAGGCACCGGCUUAACGGACUUGUUUCUCGGGAAGCCAGAGAAUGAGGAGGCGUUCGUCUCAACGGUUCCUCUGGGUCGUGCCGCUACACCAAAAGACAUCGGGAAUACUUGUGCCUACCUUGUAUCAGAUGAGGCGGCGUUUAUCACCGGGAAUGCCAUAGAGGUUGACGGCGGCCGUUGCGUGUAG